CUUCCUUACAAGGCUAAAGCAAGAGGCUUUCCUUUCUCUGGCUGCCCCAAGCUCUCAAAAACAGCAGAACAAGUGGUAGGAUCAUACUGGAGUGCAGACGGGAUGUGGAGGCUGCCAGAGAUGGGGAGAGAAUAAAGAACCGAGCAAGCAGUUGUGCUCUAGCUCCAGCAGAGGAUAGGAGCAGAGAAUCAUUAUAAUCUUUAAAAAGAACCAGUUCUUCCAAAGAAAUAUAAGAAGCAGCUGAAACCGACAAAAGAUCAUUGAAAGGAAGGAAAUGCAACAUGAGAGGUAAAGCUAAUGAAGGUUAAUUCAAGAACUUUGCUGGGAACUGUGACGAAUCAUGAGCCCAGUGUAUUAUUUCCCUUAAACAAUAGCUACAGAUUCCUGUCAAAGGCUUCGGGGCAGACUUCAGAUAGGCACACCCUGAGUCGGUGAAUUCAGCUGUCAGGGAUGGAGGUGCUACGCCGUUCCUCGGUCUUUGCUGCGGAGGUGAUGGAGGUUUUUGAUCGGUCUCCCACCGACAAGGAGCUGGUGUCCCAGGCUAAGGUGCUCUGCAGAGACUACAUACAUUCCCGGCUGCUUUGGGCUGGCAUUGGCUGGAGCAAACCAGAGCACAGUGCACCCAUGCCUGGCGGCAGACUGGCUGAGGUGUCCAGCGUGCUUCUGCGACUAGGGGACGAGCUGGAAUACAUCCGACCAAAUGUUUACCGGAAUAUUGCCCGCCAGCUGAACAUCUCACUGCACUCUGAGACCGUGGUGACUGACGCCUUCUUGGCAGUAGCGGCCCAGAUCUUCACGGCAGAUGAGCAGCAUGGUUCCCCCGUCAACAUGGAUGGAUGCCGUAAACAGUCUGUAGGACAUGGGGGCCAGAGUGUGUCUGGCUCAGUGGGGUGUGCAGAGAGCAGAGACAGAACGGGAACCUUCUCUGCUACUGACCAGUGCUCAGAUGCAAGCCCAGCUCUUGUACUUGGGAACGUGUGAUGGGUCCUGAUGAUGUCACAGUGAAGGGAGGAGCUGGUAAUCUAUUACCCUCAACGCCUCCAUACUGCCAGCAAAGGCGUUUCCAUGCCAGGGGGACUGGAUAGUGGAUCCUGUGAAGGUGGGGAAUAGGUACUUCUGUGACCUCUGCCAUACUAGAAAUCCUGGAGUAAUUGUAAGCCCAAGUCUGCAGCAUGGGGCUGCUUGGGAGCUCAUGCUGGGACAGUGAACUUCUCCAUAUCCCACCUUGCUGCUAGGGCACAAUCUAGUCCUCAGUCCUUGGAGUGGCCUAGGCCAGUCGGCCUAGGGUUUGCCAGUAAGGAGCCAAACUCUGUCAGACUCCACCCCUCUUUCGGCAGGAAUUUUUAACUGGAAUCAGCAAGGUGGACACAGCACGGGUAUUGUAACUAUUUGUACCGCCAGCAUUGCUACUGCAUAUAAUGAUGGCUGAACAGAUGCCAUGUGGCCUGGCUGUGCCUUCACAAUGACAGCGGCAAACUGAGCGAGGGGUUGAGUCUACACUUGCAGGCCGUCUGUUGGAGGCAUGGGGGAGGCGCGCAGCACAAAUACACUUUCACCUGCCUUUGUAACAACUCUUUUCCCCCUGCCUGCAAAAAUUCUCAGCCUCUUCCUGGUUUGCUGGUGCUGUCCCAGAACACAUCCCUUUGACAUCACAGAGAUGAAAGGUUGGUAUUCGAAACAAAUAAUCUGAAUCUAGUAUUUGAUGUGAGAACAUGUUGCAGUCUGGGAUAUCUUCAGCAAACUAAGAGGUAGUAGAGAAUUCCCCAGGGCAGGGAAAACCUGUUUAUAAAGGUAGAUUUCUGUGAUGAAUGUCCCUUAGCUGGGAAGGCACUGGAUCCCUGGGACCCCUGUGUAAAGUCAGAUGGUUUAGUUCUUUCUCACCUGGGACUAGGCCCCUCCAGCCUUCCUGUUUAUCUGGCAGUCCUACACUGCAUCCUGCUAAAUAGAGGAGCCAGGUAGAAGGCUGGGGUGGAAGGCAGGGAGAUGGCACAAUGACAAGCCUGUAGUGUCAGCCUCAGACUGCAGAUGGACGACGAAGGAACAAGGACAAAGGCCACGGUGGGCACGGCUGUUCUGUGGCACCUGUUGCUAGAGAUGUCCAUUGUUCUGGGAGGGAUGAGUGCAGGGCCCAGUGCCCCCAUGGCCUGGCUGGUGGAGCAUACAUCUGUGUGUGUGUUGAUGGCAGGGGCUGGGUUGUAACAUGUCAGUAACCUGGGUACACUAUGCUGUGUAGACAUGCCAUACGAUGAAUUCAGCAUGGCUUCGGAGUUCACCUUUAAGUGGGGACUGACUGGCUAAGCAGCAGUUCUGCACAAAAGGACCUGGGGAUUACAGUGGAUGAGAAGCUGGAUAUGAGUCAGCAGUGUGCUCUUG